AUGUGGCGCCGUAUCAAGGACAAAGUAAUGGAGAAGGAGAGGCGAGGAGGUGUGGUGUUAGCGACCCCCACCGUUCCUGAUCCGCCCGGGAGAGAGACACCCGCACCUGUGUAUACCGCAAAGGAAAGACUUCCUAGCCGCCCCGCAAGGCUUGAGAUAGACUCUUUUGGCUCUCCAAAGGAGCACCGACGACUCUCUCAUUCAGCGUGCGAACAUGCCUCUAGUGGUGUCCGACCCUUCGCCGAUCAACCGGUUGAAGGCCUCAGGGUGGUCUACGAUUGCUCCGACAAGAACUCCAUCGUGGCAGAUAUUGUCUUCAUACACGGUUUAACAGGCGGGACUAAGAAGACAUGGUUUGAUGGGCCUUCCGGGAUAUACUGGCCUUCGGAUCUGCUGGCAAAGGACGCCCCUCGCACACGAAUCCUGGCCUUUGACUAUGAUGCGGAUGUCACAAGGCUUCUGGGCCCCGUGUCGCAGAACAACCUUCGCGGCUAUGGAGAGGCACUACUUAGUGACCUGGCUUCCUUGAGAGAAAGCACUAUUUCGACUGCUCGUCCCUUGAUAUUCGUUGUUCAUAGCCUCGGAGGACUGGUGGUAAAGGAUGCUUUAUGUCUAUCGGAUAGCAGCUUCGAGCCUCAUAUCAAACUAAUCAGUCAACAUGCUAGUGCCAUUGCAUUCCUUGGUACUCCGCAUCGUGGCUCAGAUCUAGCGUUCUUCGGCUCCGUAAUUGGCAAUGUGCUUAAGAUGGCCGGAAAACGGACAAAUGUAGAUAUUGUCCAGCUAUUGAAGCCUGAUAAUGCGACCCUCAUGGAGACAGAAGACUCGUUUGGAAUAUGGUUGAGACAUAGAGGUAAUUUUAACAUUACCUGCUUCUACGAAGAGUUGGAACUGGCAGGCGUUGGUAAGGUUGUCCCCAGAGAUUCUGCGAAGAUUGUUGGCUACUUCCAGAUACCCAUCCAUGCAAAUCAUCGAGACAUGGCGAGAUUUAGAACCAAAGAUGAUGCUGGUUACCGACGAAUACUUGGUGAGAUCAGAAGAUGGCUUAACCAGAUUGAGGUCGCUAUGCCAGGGAAAGGGAGAGGACGAACGUCGAAAAACAAAGUUGCACUACAAUCACUCGCCUUUACUGAAAUGUAUUCUCGGGGAGGCGACAUCUCUGAAGCAGCUGGAGACACCUGUGACUGGCUAUUUCUACACCCCCAAUACCUCCAGUGGCUUUCGGAACACCAAUGUCUGCUCUGGAUCAAGGGUAAUCCGGGGUCGGGCAAAUCCACAAUCAUGAAACAUGCACUCCAACACUGUGAGAAUCCUAAUGAAUCCUCUCAAUUCGUUCUUCUCUCUUUCUUCUUCCACGGACGGGGUUCACCAAUCCAAAAGACCCCAGUUGGUCUCUAUCGAUCGAUACUCCACCAAGUCAUAGAUCAGGUCCCUGAACUUCUCGAAGAAUUUACGAUGAUUUUCGAAGAGAAGGAAGACAAGCUUGGCCCUUACGGGGAAAGCUGGGAGUGGAGAGAAAGCGAACUCAAGAAUCAUUUUAAAUUGAUGAUUAUUAAGGCAGCUGCACUUGUCAGACCGAGAAUCUACAUUGAUGCUCUGGACGAGGCCGGUGCAGCGGCUGGCAGAGCUCUUGUUGUUUUCCUCCGGGAGAUCAUGCAGAGCCUCCCUGACGAUGCAUUCCUCCAGUUGAUAUUCUCCUGUCGACAUUACCCCAUCAUAACUCUCAAAGGCGGACUUGAGAUAACUAUGGAGGACGAAAACCGCGACGACAUCAACCGCUAUGUCGAACAUGAACUUCGGUGCUACAUUCCAGAUGAAGAGGCUGUAGAAUCCCUGAAGAGGGUCAUCUGCGACCGAGAUUCCGGAAUCUUCCAAUGGGUCACACUCAUGACCGCUUCAGUCGUUGAGAUGUAUCUGGCAGGCACCCGGAUCACAAAGAUCCAUGAGGCCAUUAACACCAAACCCACACAACUACAUGACCUAUACCGGAGUUUAUUCGAAAGCCUAGAAGUGGAACAAAGGCCAAAACUCCUACAAAUUGUGCAGUGGGUUAUGUUCUCACUCGAGCCACUAACUUUAAAUCAGUUUCAGCAUGUUCUCGCUGUGUCAUCAAGUUCAUCGAGAACUCUUGAUAAAUGCCUACAGGAAGCAGACUAUGAGACACUCGGUGAACUUAAGAGGCAAAUGCUGGAAUUGUCUAGAGGCUUGCUUGAAAUAGUACCUCGCUCAGACAAGGUUCAAUUUAUCCAUCAAUCCGUGCCUGACUAUAUCAGCGAAGAAGGAUUUCGUGUUCUUAGUGACACAUUCACGACUUCUGCCCACUUUUCGGGGAAAUCGCACUCUGCCCUUUCCCGGACUUGCCUACGAUAUGUUGGAUUGGACGGAGUUCGACAAGUCACAAAAAAAGGGCCUAUGUGGAAGGACGUUGCAGCGAUAAAGGAACAUCUGCCACCUUGGCAAUACGUGGUCGGUCGCUGGCUUGACCAUGCUCUCAAAGCUGAAACGUAUGGCGUCGGUCAAGAAGAUCUUGUGACGGUUUUUGACUGGCCUGGAGGUUCGCUCUUCGAGACUUGGGUUGCGCACUACACAGUUCUGUUCGAUUUGUUAUUCCACCAGUGGCCGGUCCCCCCUCGUCAAAUCGCUGAUGGUAUGGACCUGCUACACCUUGCCUGCAGGUGUGGACUUUCGAGUGUGCUUCAGGCAUGCCUGGAUCGGAUAGAUAAGAAUCUGGUGGACUUUUCAGCCGACUACAUUGCCUCGUGUGGUCGAACGCCAUUAUCCUAUGCUGCUGAGUGUGGUCAGAGAGCCAUCGUCCAGACUCUUGUCCGCCGCAAGGAUGUCAACAUCAAUUCAAGGAGCCAGACCAACGCAAAAUCCACACCAAUACUGUACGCGUUAGGUCAAGGCCAUGAAGAUGUGGUGCUUGAUCUUCUCGAGCUGAAAGGAAUCAAUCUCAAGCUGAAAUCAAGAGGGAGGUGCGUUUUGAGCCUUGCCGUACAGCAAGGCUUCCGCAGCUUGGUCGAGAUCUUGAUGAGCCGAGAUGAUGUCGACGUGAAUGUCUCCUUGAAGGGCAAAUCGCUUCUGUCACGGGCGGUGAUUGAAAAAGAUUAUCGGUUCGUGGAGUGGGCACUCCGUCGAAAGGAUGUCGAUGUCAAUGUCGAAAAUCGGCGAGGGGUGCUGCUGACGCCGGUAUUCGCUGCAGCCGAAGACGGAGACGAGAGAAUGCUUGAGCUUUUCCUCGCUCACCCGGGUUUACAACUCGACAAGAGAAAUAAGGACGAUCAAACGGUCCUUGAAAUGAUGAUAGAGGCGUCAAUAGAAUAUGGGCCGGUUGAAGAGAUCUGCCUCAUUGCAGAAACGGUAAAUGCUUUCAGAAACCGCGGCAUGUCCAGUGAAGCAGUCCGAGCACACCCGCUCCAAACACACUACCGGCGCUGGGCUAUGGUGAAAACUCUGAUGGAGCAUGGCGCAAUCUUACCUGUCGGUAGAAGGCGUAAAACACGUUGUGUCUGGGUCUCUGAAGAUGCUCGCACCUGUCGAAGAUGUGAGGAGCAACAGACAGAAUGUGUCGCGCAGACCGUCUCAUCCAGGCCGCCCGAUGUCGUUAGAAUAAGCUCUCGGGACCGGAUCUCAAAUCUUGAGCAACAGGUCGGAGUCCUGACCAACGCACUGCGCAGCAUCCAGGAGAAGCUUGGAGAUGAGACUAUUUCUUCUGUUGAACCUGUACAUGCAGACACAGGAGCGACAUUGGCCGAAUCAGAUAUUGAAUCGGAUAGUCCUGACGAGCUUGGAGCAAACGGGCCGGCAUAUCUUCGCUCACUAUUCGACAAUAACAUCAUCAGUACUGAAGAGCACAAUGGCGAUGCCCAAAAAUCCGCCACUUCUUCUGAUCUACUUCUCCGCAAAGCACGAGAAGAGCUUCAGCGGUUGAUACCUCCGCAAGAGGACGUGGCUGUAAUUGCCAAAUACGCUGACACCUGGCUUUCGUUAUAUCACGUUCUAUUCCCAACGCGUUUCGUUGCCCAUGGCGGCCGCGAAUUAGUCUACCGAUAUAGCGAGAUGACCGCCCCGGACAUCGAGCCUCGAUUGCUCGCUAUAUGGCUCAUUACCAUCGCCAUUACAGCCCAACAAGUAUCACGUGAGGUAGAAGAGCAACUGACAGGCAUGAAGAGCCUAAAACAGUAUUCCAAAGCUGUUUGCGAAUGUGUUUCCACAAGCGUAAUGACUCAUGAUUCACUGUUGGGUACAAUGGAAGGUGUGGAAAUGGCACUACAUUAUUUGAGACUCUUAAUGGGUCGCGGGAAUUUUAUGAAGGUGUGGAUUAACCUGCGCCGCGUCAUAGCAAUCUCAGAAAUCAUCGGGCUUCCACGAGCCGCUCGAACACUUGAGAGAAUGAAGAGUGCGCCUACCAACACUAGAGCUGGGGCGAGCAUGUCCAAGUCCGAUGAAAUCAGGCUGACAGAAAAGGCCGAAGUAUGGGGAGGUAUUUGUAUGAUCGACCGUAUUGCAGGAAUGAUGUUCAAUCUACCAUCAGGAACGCAUAGAUAUCAGCUGCCGAGAAUGCUUGUUGUGGGUUCUGAUGGGCAGGUAAUUCGUCGUGGAUAUUUGAGUAACCUGGCAGGCAUUUCGAAGCAAGUGUACGAGCUGGAUGACAGUCCCAUUCUGGACGGAUCGGAUGCUGAGCUCUACGCCGAAGUCCUGAGGAUUGAUCAGGAGCUCAUUUCUCUAGCAAGCGUUCCUCCUUCUUCAUGGUGGAGCGAUGCUACACCAGGCACUCUAUCUGACCAGGUGUUGAAAUACUGGCAUGCAUAUCUUACAGUACGGGUUCAUCUCAAAUUCACCCUGCAGAGGGACGCCAAUCAACAAUUCGACUACAGCCGCUACACAUGUAUGAACGCAUGCAAAAUCGCCAUUACCCGAUAUCUAGCGCUUCGACCAUCAAUGCCGAGUGGGUUCUUCAUCGGACGAAUUGUGGAUCUGCAAGCACUGACGGCUGCUGUGGUGCUUCUCCUCGCGUACCACAACUCACGCCCAAAUCGCCGCAGCAAUUUUCAAGCUCAGGCGAUUGAGUCUCCUGCUCCCUUGAUUGCACAACUGAUCGAAGUCAUGGACUCUCUGUCGUCCCUGAAGGCAUCCGACUUCGCCACUCAGGCCGUAGCCACGAUUCGCUCAUUGAGCACUCUGCUGGAGGAUGAUAGUGCAUCUGAACAACGAGAACUGACUUUAACGGUACCGCUGCUGGGCAAAAUUCACGUCCACAAGAACAGGAACCCUGGUGGCGGUUUCAUUCCACAGGGUCCAAGUGCCAUGAUGGGUCUAUCACAUGCAGCAGCUGGCAACUCGAAUGUGCCGCCAUCCUUCACACCCGCCGCUUCGGAUUUUUCUGGCCAAACAUUACCAGUCACUAAUGCGUGGGCAUGGGAUCCCUUGUCGCUAUUCAUUGAAGACGACGACCGGGAAGCGAUGUUUCAGAGCGCACUGAGGACAGAGGAUUUUGGACAGAUGGACAUGCCUAUGAAUUUUGGUGACCAUGAUUUCGGUGGCUACAUUUGA